AUGUCGACCACACACCUAAGUCCGGAGCAGAGCAGUGCUCUGUUCGACCUGUUGACCCACCAUGCUACCUACGACGAGAUCUCGCAGUUCAAGUCGCCCACCGCAAUGCAACAAUAUGGUCCUCCAUUCCAAGAUACCAAGACCACAUCCACACCGAUCCUCCAGUCAUUACUGUCUAAAUUCAUCCUACCGUUACCAGGAUUACGCGACGUCUCGCCAGACUUCUGGAAGGUCCGCGUCGAGAACAUGGUUGAAGAGUUGGCCGCUGCAAAUCUGAGUGAGAGUUAUGAUAAGGGUGUACUGGGUAUCCGCAAGACCUUGGCCACUGCCAUCUCGGCGUUGAUGGAGUACCCGGCUAGAGGAUGCUACGGUGGCAUUCAAAAAGACGAGUCCGCCUUCAAGGACCAACACUUCGACCCCACCAAGCCUGACGAUGUGCUACGUGCAUGGUAUGUCUUCAUGCAGCAGCUUGUCUACGGUGACCUUUUCGACAAGUUAUUCGCCAAGGCUGCAGAGACGGACGACCUACGCAAGCACGACAGUCUGGUCCAAGCCGCUCAUGAGUUUGUUGUUGUAAAUCUUGCGUCUUUCAUGCAUUACACCCUCGUGGUUAGCCCUGAGGGUCCUUCAUUACUCCGCAUGGUCGAGAACGUACACAAGCUUGCUCCAUAUGUCUUGAUGAGACAGACGCUACGCGUUGGUAACGUCGCUACUAUGAUUAAUGGCAUGGUCAGAUUGAUGCUUGCCAAGGUCAGUGUCGGCAGCUUGACCAACUGGAUGGGUAUCAGUAGUGGAGCAGACGAAGGCAUGAACUUGAUGCAACAAAUCAUAUCUACCGUCCUCGGUUGGGACAAGAAAGAGCUUAAGAAGCGACUUGAAAAGAUCGAAAAGGACAAAGACGCACCUUCAAAGGAACAACGCGAAGCACUUCGAGAGUGGAUGGACCAGAGUCGACAAGAGCAAGAAGAAUGCCGCAGACGAAGCCAGGAGCAGUCCAUGUCGAUUGUAUCGACCAUUCUAUCAUUGUCCUCAGCGAGUCCAGACCUCAACGAGAAACAACAUAAACUGGCUCUGGAGUUUCUCUCACUCAGUCUAGCUGUUCGUGACAGGAACAAGAUCAUCGAUGUGCUCUGUCAUCACAGUCCUGAUCAUCUGACACAAGCUGUACGUGAUGGUGUAUCUGCUUAUGAACCCAUGAUCAGACAAGUUCAUCAAGCCGUUGACCUCAGCGCUACUGUUGCCGACUUCCAGGCUUUCAUGGACGAUAUGAUUAAAGUGGCCAAGCCAAAGAAGGAAGGCAAACCUCCCAGUGUCGAAGACUUUGUACAUUUGUUGCACAGCCACAUGGGUGCCUCACAUCGCUUCAUCCAUCAAGUCGCAAAGAAUGGCAAGGAAGUCACUCAGUGGUUCAAGGAUUACGUCCACAAGGUCACCGCGAACUUCAAGCAACAACACUCACCCUCAAUCUUCGACUCUCUAUCCACGGCCUUUGACGGACUCAAACCCGAGGAUCAAGAAAAGGUCCGCAAAGAAGUCGACUCCUCAAGAAAAUACCUAGACGCACUAUACGCCUCUUCCGCUGCUAGAAUCAGCGAUGUAAUCAGCAACAAGGCUUCCACACCAUACGGUCCCGGAGCUUAUCUGGCUAGAUGGCAGGAACUGCUCGAUUCGACUCUGGUGACACCUGAGACGGCCAAAGGACCUGUCCGUACGGGAGCCAGUGCGAGUGUUAAGCAAGAAGCCAGGAGGGAUGUUGAUGGUGAAGUCAAGGAGUCUGGUGUUGAGGUUAAGCAGGCGGAUAAGAUUGUGGGAGACAAGACUCCUGAGGCGCCGUCGUCGGAGAUGACGAUCAAGCUUUUGGGACCAAAAUUCAAGGAGUUGUUGCUGAGUGCUAAAUAG